AUGGAAUCCGGCGGCGCAUCCCCGAUCCCCACGCUGCCCGCCUCGCGGAACAGCACGCCCGCCUCCUCCAACCUCAACCCCAACGCCGUCCCGCGCACCAAGAUCUGCGUCUUCUGCGGCUCCUCCCCGGGCCACAACCCGGCGCACGUCCAGACGGCGCGGCAGCUCGCCAAGGUCAUGGCCGACAACAACAUCGCCCUGGUCUACGGCGGCGGCACAGUAGGCCUCAUGGGCGAAGUCGCCAAGACCCUCGUCGCCCUGUCCGGCCCGGACGCCGUCCACGGCAUCAUCCCCGAGGCCCUGGUGCGGUACGAGCGCGACCCAGAGUUCACGUCGACGUCGGCCUCGGCAACAUGCCCCAAGGACAGCAACGGCGACGGCGCCGUCCUCGCCGUGCCCGAGGAGCGCAUGUACGGCCGCACGACCGUCGUGCGCGACAUGCACUCGCGCAAGCAGAUGAUGGCCCAGGAGGUCCUGGCCGGCGGGCCGGGCAGCGGCUUCGUCGCCCUGAGCGGCGGCUACGGCACCAUGGAGGAGCUGCUCGAGAUCGUGACGUGGAACCAGCUCGGGAUCCACAACCGCGGCAUCGUCGUCCUCAACGUCGCCGGCUUCUACGACGGCGUCCUCAACUGGAUCCGCCAGAGCGUCCGCGAGGGCUUCAUCCGCGCCGGCAACGCCGACAUCCUCGUCGAGGCCACGACGGCCGAGGACGCCGUCCAGGCCCUGCGCGACUACAAGGUGCCCACGUCGGUGCUCAAGCUGGCCUGGGGCAAGGAGUAA